AUUGUCUCACCGGUCGUCAAGUACUCAUAACUUAUCAACACUGUAAAAGUGUACUGGCGUUUUAAGGAGCCGAUAUUUUGGCCCAAAAUGAGUAAAGCUCAAAAAGGUUGUAUGAUUGGUUUGGCAUUAUGUUGGAUUGUGAGCGUGUUCGCCGGCAGUGUUGACACAUAUAACGAAGGUAGGAUUGCCGAUAUUAUCGAAGAUAUCAUGAUUGUAACUCAGCCUAAGCCCUAAGGUACAAAUGUUUCAAUGACAAUGUUGCAUUUUUCAAUUCAAAAUUUUCCAUCGCUAUUCCUGAAGAAUAGAUGGCAGGAAAUAACUGGUCAGCCGCGUGGCCGAUACAAGUACCGUAAGCAGUGAGCAGUAAAGCCAAGUGUUGUUAAUUAAAUUUUAAAGCUAUUGAGCAUAUAUCAAAUGCAGUAUUUUGACUGCAUGAAAAAUAUUUUUUUAUUCAGAUUUGAUUAUUUAAUUGGGAAACACAAAUUGACCUGUUAUUUAGAUGUUAUUCACGAUAAGUUUGAACUUACAUUGACAAAUUAGGGUCAUCAGGUUGGGACCAAUAAUUUUGAACAUUCUAUUCCAAAUCAAAGUUUGUUAUUUCUUCUCUUUGACAUUGUAAAUAAAAUGCAUAAGAUGGAUCAUAUGGACUCGCAUAUGGAGACAUUUAAUCAGCUGCAGUAAGCCACAUCAUACCUCUUGAACUAAUUAGGAUAGAAUAUGUAUAUACUGGUAUAUAUAUAGUGUACUACAGUAUAUCGUUUCCUUAUAUGUCGUGUUUGCGGUACACAUGAGGCAUACAUACGUACUUUACUUAUUGCUCCCCAGAAAUUCAGAAAGGGCUCAGAAGGGAGCCUAGCUAUAGUGCCUACAUUUGGGAAGGUUCAAAUCAUUAAAAUAUCUAGUCGAUCUUUAAUUAAUGUCAGUCUACUAGAACGAAGUGUAAACCUAUCAGAUAGAUCGAUAGACGGAUCAUCCAUCAAAACAAAGAAUUAACGAAGAUAGUAUAGGCUUACUUAAUUUGGGGGCCAAUGUCGCCCAACGUCGCCCCCAAAGUAGGCCUUAGUAUCAUAUCUUUGCCAAAUUCGACCAGGACAUCUAUAAAUCGAGCAAAUGAUACUCUAGUUAGCUACAAGAACAUUGAUUGUGGAAAUCACCAAAAUUCGUUUUCUUCAUUUUCAGAAUGCCUGUAUGGAUUCUACUGCGAUGGAAUGUACGAUCCUCUUUUAAAGUCAAGAUGCGAGGGAGGUUUCUGUAAAUGUUCCGGAUAUUUCGUCCAAACGAAUUGUCUUCGUGAGUAAUAAUUAAAUAAUUAUUUUUGUCAGUCAAGCAGUCAAGCACAAGCACACUGUAAACUAACUGAUUGUUCUAUUGAAAUCUUUCUUCUACUAAUUUGCAAGAAUUUUAUUCGCCUAUCAUGGAAACCAACUUUUGUUAAUGAAACUAAUAUACCAUAGCAUACUAUACCAUAUCGUAUCAUAUCAUAUCAUACCAAACAUACCAUACCAUAUCGUAUCAUAUCAUACCAAACAUACCAUACCAUACCAUACCAUACCAUUCCAUACCAUACCAUACCAUACCAUACCAUACCAUACCAUUCCAUACCAUACCAUAUCAUACCAUACCAUUCCAUACCAUACCAUAUCAUUCCAUACCAUACCAUACCAUACCAUACCAUACCAUACCAUACCAUACCAUACCAUACCAUACCAUACCAUACCAUACAGUGUCCAAAUUAAAUGACCUCUCUCUUUUCGAACGUCAAUUGCCGACAUACACACACUUGUGGAUUUUACGACAAAAGCACUACCAUGUCGUCACAAACGUUAGCGACCAUAUUCGAUGGAAUACAAAGUAACUAAUAGCAUGUAAAAACUAGCUGUUGCUGGCAUAUAUUAGUAGAAUUAAAAUAAAUGACUGCAAUACAUUAUGUUUUAGCUAACGUAUCGAAUUGUGCCAUUCAACAUGGUCCCACGACACAGGGACACCCAACAAGUGUGUGCACGGAGAUCUCCUCCGCAAACAUCUGUAGUCAAGACUUUGAGACUUAUCACUGCAAUGGUAAUACGAAUCCAAACUACGAAGUCCACGUAUUGGGCUCGCACCAGGCGCUAUCAUGCUGCAGUGACGUCCCAGAGACCUCAAGGAUUGAGGUGGUUAAUAAGGGAGAAAUUGGGAGGAAAGUGGUGCUUGUGUUAGCAUCUACACGGCCGGUGGCCUGGUACUUAGAUAUGGAAGACGGUAUGGAAAUACAGACAGUUGUUUUGGUAAGUGUCAAACCGAAGGAAAAUGGAUUUAACUCAUGAGUUCAUUGUCGAGAUUGUAAAGUUGACUCUCAGAAAAUAACUCGGUUAGUCUGAUUGACUCAAUAAAAAAUGUUUCCUGUUAUACUUUUUCUAUUAAUUCUCUUAUAAUCAUUAUAAAAUAAAAUCGUUUUUCUGAUCUCUAAUGAUGAUUCUGUAAUUGACUCGAAAUCAAUGAAAUGCGGCGGAAAAAUAGAUGACUCAUCACGUAUUAUUAUUGGCUUGUUGACAACGUUGGCUUGUUGACAAAGUUGGCUUGUUAACAACGUUGACUCGCAGAGAGCACUUGAAAUAAAGCACAGUUAAUUUAACUGUGAAUAAAGCGACCUACGUGAUUUUAAGUUAACCAUUCUUUCAUAAACGUGUUCGCGUUCUUUCAGGUUCUCAUAAAAUACAGAGAAGAGGACUAAGUAGAAACGCGGAAAAUGUUUCAACAAAUAUUUCUCCAUAAAUUUGCCCACCCUUGAAAACGUUGUUGUUGAAACAAAUUUUGCCUCCCAGGAAACAAAAAGGUUUCCAACAAAUUCAGAAAUAUAUUUUGUUUUCCUAGUGUAAAUUUUAGUUGGGGAUGGUUUGUUCCCCUUUGCGAAACAUGCCUAAGAAAAAGUUUCCUAGUUUGCCUAUAGGGCUAAAAUUACAAACGACAGAGUUACAAAUAGAUUCUUAAUCGUAGUUAAAUUACGCGAUUCAACGCAUCACUACCAUAAUAAAUAAAUAAAUAAGAGCCAUUUCUGUUACUUUCUUUAGGUAUAUAAAACUGCAUCUUUGGCCACAGUGGUUUGGUCAAGAGGAAAUGUUAAAGAGAUUUUAAAAGUUUCUGAUGUCUCAGAAAAUCAAAACAAUUUUUACGGUAAAGGGCGGGAUACAAUCAAGCUUCUUCAGCACGUUAGCAAGAACUAUGGUCCAAUUACGUCGUUUACUGGUCGAUUUCAAGUCGAACAAUGGCGUUUGCGUAUUGGUUGGCCUUUUAAAUCAGGUAUGCUAGUCCUGAUAACCUAAUGUUGCGUUGAUUUUUUUAUCCGCACUAGUUGCAAAAGAUUAAAAACACUCAACCAAUGUUUCAUGUGAAGAUUUUCGUUUGGAACUCACAAACACUUAGAUGGCUGGCUAUUAAAUUGCAGGCGAAGGAUCUUCCCUGAGUUCCCUCAAAGUGUUUUAAUAUUUGUCAUCGACCAAAAUCACCGCAGCUUAAUGUAGAAUACUACCACCACGUUUAAUAUAAAUUAAGAUUAUUAAGCUAGCUAGCUAUAUCUAUAUUAGAUCUAUACUAGCUAUAUCUAUAUAUCUAUAAGUCCUCGCAUGAUUGCCGUGCGGUAUUUGCAAUCUCCGUUUGUAUGCCCGGCUUUACAAGCUCUCGUUAGGGCUUGCUCCUCAUAAAGGCCUGGUUCCCGUAACGGUCUAUAACAUUCAGAACGCUAGCCUGACGUUCUACCAAUUGGACCUAACAUACAGAUCUCAAAGACAAGCUGAGAGUUGGUAAAUUUUGUCUGAGAUGAAUAUUUCAUAUAACAUCUUAUCGUUUAUUCAUUUUGCAGAUGUUUCUUCAGUCAGCACGCCGUCUCGCUAUGCAUCACUGGAAACGUCGACGAUACGCCCUAGUAUCGUUCCCUCAAACCACAAUAAACCCACUAGCACGCCUCUAUUGUAUCCAAAUACCCCCAGACACACCCUUGAAUCCUCGUCUUCUGUACUCAACCUAAAAUUCAACGAAAAGCGCUCAUCUUCCUCCAGUAUCAACACAUAUCCACCAGUAUCCAGCGUAGUCACCACAGAUCCACAAGUCCUUCCAAGUCCUCUGGUUUUCUUCCACGCCUUCGGUACUCUGGAGUUCCAUCAUAUAUCAGGAUUGAAUUAUUACGCCAACGGAACUCUAAAAGUUCGCGCUCCAAUUACAACGCAGCUUUUCAACUCUUCAUCGGAAAUAAAGCAAUCUAUAGCGCCUACGACCAGCAUAAAUAAUCAAUUGUCUAGCACAAGAAUUUUUCCACAAACUAUAUCUCCUAGUUUUGCACAGAUUUCCACGACAUCACUGCAAUCUUCCAUGCAAUCUGUCACAAUAGGGCUAGAUAAAGUAACAUCGACUGUUGUCCAAGCAUCUACGCUUUCAACUGUAAAUACUGGUUCCUCAUUGGCUCCUUCAUCAGUGACAUCAUCUAUGCAAUAUAUGGUAACCUCAUCCGCCGUAAUGACUACUAGUAAGUGUGGUGUUUCGUAGUCUUCCAUUGGUGUGGUGUUGUAUAUCUAAGCGUGUUUUUGGGCUUUCAAAAAUUCGUCAACAUUCUCACCAGUAUUUGUCCAACGAAAUCGCAUAUAACACAUAAAAUAGCUGCAUAUCAAAUAUCCUAGCACCACGUUUAAUAAUAUUUAUCGCAAUACAGGCGUUUCCAAUAUUCCGAGAUAAUACUAUCUUCUUUACAAAACCUCUACAAAACAGACGUCUCUCAAUAUGGAUAUUUUGCCCUGUCCCUUCGGUCACCAUAUUACAAUGGUCCGCGGACUCAGUGGCGAGGCCUCGUCGGGAAUGGGGGAGGGUAUGAGAAACUGUUGGGGGUGGGGAACACUAACAGGAAAAUGUCUCAACUCAUUAAAUGGAUCCAUGUAAUGAUUUUAAACUUUUUUUACAGCUCAGCUACCAUUUUCAUGUGACCACAAUAACCCUUGUCAUGAACAUGCAACGUGUACCGAUACCACGCAAGAUGUUUCUUGUACAUGUAACAAAGGAUUUAACGGAAAUGGAUAUCAGUGUGAUGGUAGGUAUUGUCGAUAUGAAUCGAUGAAUCAAGCGAUCGAUUGACAAAUCCAUCAAUGAAUCUAUUGCCUACCAUGUUAACCAAUUCCGAACCGUUUUGCGGUUCCGAAUUCGUCUGGUAUCUUGCAGAUGUUCUCUAUAUAUUUGUUUAUUUUAUCAUUUCAGAUUUUAAUGAAUGUUUUUUCGAACCAUGCCCUACAAACAAUGAAUGUCAGAACACGCCUGGAUCUUAUAACUGUACUUGUCUUCAGCCAGGUGCUUGUAGAGGUAUGUUUAAACUCUGAUUAUUUUAAUACUGCUUUCCAAUACACACUUCCAGUACACACUUCCAAUACACAUUCAUUCGUGUGGUUGUUCCGGAAGCAUCAUAAUCAGUUGAAUUGGAUUACGUUUAUCUGUACGAUACAUGCGUGAUGAUAACAUGCGAAUGGAAAGCAGUCUUAAAAUUAAUAUGCUAUGAAAGCUAAAGUCAGCAGCCACCAAGAGAGCAUUGUUACGAAAACAUUGUUUCCUACCCAUGUUUUUCGAAGGUGGAAAUAAACAUGUGAAACAAUAUUGUUUUCGCAACAACCCCUAAACGUGUUGGGAAACUUAGUUUCCACAACAGUGAUUGAAGGGAAAACAUUGAAGGAAACUUGAAGAUUUUCAGAUCGUUCCUCGACAAUGUUUCCUAGUUUGCUUAGGGUUCAAAUUUCAAAUUGAUUUUUUUAGAAACUCGUAUAAUUGGCGCGCACCCAUACUCAGGCAGAGUGGAAGUCUUUCACAAUGGAGAAUGGGGUACAAUCUGCGCGGUGGGCUGGGACACCAACGACGCGCAAGUGGCCUGUCGUGACGUGGGUUAUCCGUACCUUGCGGGCUUAUCAUUUGACAUAGGUUUUAGCAAGAUCUGGCUUUCGAAUGUUCAAUGUAAUGGUUCUGAAACAAGGCUGUCAGACUGCCAGCAUCCAGGCUGGGGAAAUCCGAACAGAUUAUGCACGCACCAACAUGACAUAGCGGUCGAAUGUGUUCCAUCAAGUAAGAGCACUAUUAAUUAAGUUAUUGUAGUGUAUAGAACUCGAGUAUUAAGUAAAAGUAACUAAAUAACCGAGUAUUAACCAAUUUACAAACCAACCAAUUAAUACAGUAAUUUAUGAGUCACUACCGCCAACAACCAUAAUGAACCAUUGUGGUCAAAGGCGUUGCUGUGACUUUCAGAUUAUCACAAAAUGUGUCCAAAAUGCAUGAAACAGUAUUUCGCAGACCUUACAAACUAUCUGUUAUUUAUAUAGCUCUUCGUCUAGCUGGUUCAGACAGACCAGACGAAGGCAGGAUAGAGAUAUACUUUGAUGGCCAAUGGGGGACAAUUUGUGAUAAUGGUUGGGAUAUUGAUGACGCCAACAUUGCGUGUAUCGAGAUGGGAUUUGCUGGCGCGGAGAAAGCACUCAUGGGUAGCGAUGUACAAGAUGGGAAAGGCCGAGUAUGGUUGGAUAAUAUGCAAUGCACAGGGGUAAUUGAGACAUUUCUUAAGGAGUGUCAUCACAGCGGCUGGGGGAAUGUCAAGUGUGGCCAUGACCGGGAUGUCGGUGUGAAGUGUCGGCCUAAAGGUAGGUGUCACUGACCUCUAUACGAUCAUAUCUGGGACCGGUUGUAUAAAAAAGUGAUUAAAGUUAACUAUGGUUAAGUGCAAACGUCAUCCAAUAAGAAGCGCCUAUUUGAGAGUUAAUCACUAUUUAACUACAAAAUAGUGAUUAAAAAAGUGAUUAAGAGUUUUAUACAACCGGCCCCUGGUGGAAAGAAUACUAAAGCACGUAUUCUGCCCCAGAUUAUCAGGUUAUAUCACUAUGCCCGACAAUUAUUUACGCAGCUGCAUCUCAUGUGACUAGCAGUGACGUGAUGACAAGUGAUUCUACCUUACUUGGCUAAUUCUAGCAGGAAUGGGUGGAAUAGGUAAUUUUGGCAUGUGUAAUGAAACCGGAUUUAACCGCAUAAUUAGUAAAACUGCUUUCUCAAUUGCUACAGUUUUCUAUUUUUUUCUCUUUAAUGAGCCAGAGAGCUUCACGCAUGUAGUAGUAGUAGCAAUAAAAGAGUCAGAAAAAAUUGUCUACAUUUUCCUUUAUUACUCUCUAGUUUCGUGUGAUUUUGAACUCAACACGUGCAGUUGGCGAAAUGAAAAGCAAGAUGACAACUUUGUGUGGCAACGACAACGCGGAAGCACACCAACCUUGUUAACCGGACCAGGGUCAGACAACACAAAAAAGUCACGUUAUGGUAAGGUCCGUUUUGCUCGGUGUUCUUGGGGCGCUUUCCAUUUUGUCUCUGUAUGACUGUAUCAAUGGAAAGAUCUGGUCUAUGUUUCUCAAAUAUCUAGCGAAAAUGGACCUCAUUCUAAUUUUAUCUAAAUUUUCCGGUCAGAUAGGUCCGAGGCCUAACGUUUUGUGUUCCAUAAAACAAUUUGACCGUUUUGACCGUGGUCUGGCCGUGUUAAUGGAAAGCACCCAUCAAUUAAUAGACAAUUCCUGUUAUAGACUAAUUUUAAAACUAGGCAAGGAGAUGCAAACAAAUCACCACAGCUAGAAAGAGCAUGCUAAAAUUAGUAAAAUUGCAAAGUUUGGUUGCGAAGUGUUGUAAAAUGCGGAAAAUAUAGCCAGUUGACUUUUGUAUUGCGUGCGGAAAUCGGCUACGUACCAUUUUCUGCCCAGAUGUGGUAGGAAUGUGGUAGGAAUUUCCGCACGCAAUACAAAAGUAUACAACACUUGCAAACUUUGCAAAGCUAUAUUACGCUCAUUUUACAACAUUUCGCAACCAAACUUUGCAGUUUUACUAAUUUUAGUAUGCUCUUUCUAGUUGUUGUGAUUUAUUUGCAUCUCCUUACCUUGUUUUAAAAUUAGUCUAUAAUGGGAAUUGUCUGAAGUGCAAAGAUCAGGUUUUAAAAUGCUUCAAGAUGAAAGCUGCUGACUGAUAGGGAAACAACUAACUACCUGAACGGUGUGUAUUUACAUACACAUGAAAGGUGUAUAAGAUGUAUUCUAAAUCUUCCUUAUUUUCUGUACAGGAGUAUACAUGUAUAUUGAAACAACAGGCCGCAACCCAGGGGACAAAGCUUGGUUAGUAUCACCCACAUUGCUGCCUAAACAGAGCGAAUGUCUACGGUUUCACUAUUACAUGUUGGGAACUGACAUUGGACAACUGAAUGUAAACAUCAGGGAAAGUGGAACAAAAAAUAUUGCACGACUAUGGAACUUGGCUGAACAUAGAAAAGACAAGUGGGUCGAAGCAAGUGUCCCGUUAAACUUUGGCAAACCUUCUGAGGUGAGGAUCACUCAAACGCGAUAAGUAGGAGGAAACAUCUUCUUAUUAAGGUGUAGACGUUUUCUGGAAUGAUCAAUUUGCAAUGACAGAGCGUCAGGCUAGCAAUCUGAUCGUUAUGGGUUCAAGCUUAAUAACUACUUUGUUUCUCGAGUGUCUGUACAAAUCGAAAUGUACGUAUGUGUCUAUAGUUCAAAUUCCUAUUCGAACUACACAAGGUAUUUUCUGGGCAUACAUCCAGGAAGACCACGAAUAUAAAAUUCUACCAGUUUUCUAAACUGUAGGCCUACAGACAUUGUUUCACUGGAUAGACAUGUUUACUAUCGAUUUUGGUUCUUUUGUUUUUAGAUAAUAUUUGAAGCUGUGAGUGGUAACGAUCAGAAAGGUGAUAUAGCUAUCGAUGACCUCAUCGUUGAGCAAUCACCUUGCUUUGUCUAUCCAAUUGGAGCUGCACCUGGUAAGAGACCUACAUAGUUCAAUGGAUCUAUAGUAUAUAUACGCGGUUACGUCUUACACAUGUUGUCAGAGAAACUAGAAUGGAAGCCUGAAAUGCUUUGUAACUGACUUGAGUAAUGUUUAAAACAUUUGUUUUUAAAUGUUCAAAGUUUUGUAUUCACAACAUUCUCACAAAAAAUCCAACGGGAAACGGAAACUGAACUAAACUAACUUUAUUCAUGCCAUUUCAAACUAAAAAACUCAAUCAGUUCUAAGCUUUUCAACCUGGAGGUCAGUAAAGGGCCAUCCCUUUCUGCCAUGGAAAGGACAAUUGUAAAAUAAUAUCCUAUAUUGUUUAGAUACCGAUGAAUGCUUGGAUAAGCCAUGUGAUGUAAACGCCACAUGUACAAAUACGAUUGGCUCUUAUCAGUGCAAAUGUAACAAAGGAUAUACUGGAAAUGGAACACUGUGUACAGGUUAGUACAAUGAGGGAUAAUGAUGCAUGGUAAAAGAUGGUAAAAAAUGGUAAGCGAUCGAGAGAUUACUGGUAAACCCGCCUCCAAAAAAAAUACUGACCGUUGUUUAGUAUUAUAUCCACCCAUAUUUACUUUUUUCAAUUCAGGUCAAUGUAUUCACAUUUUCACAUCAUUUUGAGUACAUUUUUCUUCCACUUAUUUACAAAUGACAUGUAAAUUUCAGAUCUCGAUGAAUGUGCUACCAAUCCAUGUCACGUGAAUGCCACGUGUACGAACACAAUUGGAGGUUUCUCGUGUAAAUGUAAUCCAAAUACAGAAGGAAUAUGUGACGGUAGGUUCCCCAUCUUCGUAUCUUGACAUACUUCACAUGAACGAUAUUUGAAAUAAUAAAUGAUUAGUAUUAUGCCCAGACCCGAUAUAUUUAUACACAAGCUCCUUCAUGUUCCUGAUUUCCUUUGUGUCAAUUUCUUCAUGUAUUACGUACUAUUACCGGAGAAGUACAAUUUAAAAAAAAAUUCCAACAUGUCUACUUAAUUUCUAGAUGCAUAUCGUCCUUGUGGUCUACGAGAGGUCUUCUCACAACUAGACUCAAAAAUUGUCGGUGGUAAUGCAGCUGAUAAAGGUUCAUGGCCUUGGAUGGCGGCCAUAUUUUAUUCCGAAAAGAAAGAACGUAUCUGGUGUGGUGGUGCUUUAAUUAAUAAUGAGUGGGUAUUAACUGCUGCUCAUUGCUUUGAUCCAAGUCAGGAUGUAACCCAAUUUACAGUCAUAUUAGGUAAGUUUUAUCGGCUAGUACCCCACCCCCACCCCACUCACCCCACCCAUCUUCCCAACCCGGUUAACGCAAGAUGGCAAGGUGUGUGCUAUAAUUUCUUUUGACUUUGAUUGAAAGAUUAAUAUCAUGCCAUUAUGGUUUAUGAACUGAUAACUUGAUUAGCGAUACGAUUCAUGUAUUACUAUUACCGGAAAAGUACAAAGAUUAUGGAGCCUCGUUUUCGUGUAUCUGACAUCAGUUAAAGGCCGCGUCUCAAUCACGAAAACGAGGCUCUAUAUAGCCAAAGUGACGUACUUUCUGGAAGCGUGUAUUAGCUGGGAAUAUGGUAUGAAAUGAACUGUGUACGAUCGAUUUUGGCCGUUAAUUUCCGCCAUCUUGGUUUCACUUUUCUCAUCGGCGAAAUGACUGAAAUUCUUACUCCAGAUACACACGUAAAAAUCUCACAACUUGUCAACAAGAUGUGUUCGCAACAGGCUUGUAGCAAGCUUGUCAACAAGUUAUAACAAUGCUGUAAUUUUAUCAAGUUGCUACAAGGUUGUCACUCACAACUUGUCGACAAGUUGUGGAAUUGCAGGACGAUAACAAGUUGUUGGAACAACUUGUAACAAGUCUCUUAAAGCUCAACAACCUUGUAGGUUGUAGCAAGUUGUCAACAAGCUGUUGACAAGCUGUUGACAACUUGUUGACAACUUGUCAACAACCUGGGAACAAGCAGUGCGAACACAUCUUGUUGACAAGUUGUUAGAACAGUAUUGCUACAAGUCUGCUGCAGAGGUUUGCUACAAGUUGUGCGUUUUUACGUGUGUAUAUAGAGAGAGAGAUCUCACUCAACAGGACAUGCACUGUACAGUGGAAUAGUACGACUUUUAACUUAUACUGCUCAUUUUUUAACAUUUUCACACAGGUGACCACGACAUUUUGACGGAAGAACCCGAAGAACAAAAAUUUGCAGUGGACAGCAUCUUAAUUCAUCCUGUUUAUCACUCGCCUUUCAACUUUGAUAUCGCUAUGGUUCGCCUGCAUACACCCGCCAACUACACAGCUAACAUACUGCCCAUCUGUCUACAAGAAACGGAACUCCCUGCGGGCACGAAAUGCAUGAUUGCAGGUUGGGGUACCAGGACAUCUGAUGCUAAAGACUACCCACAAUUUCUACGAGAGGGCGCGGUUCCAAUUAUAGGUCAACCCACUUGUGAAUCGUUGUAUAGUGGGGUUACAACGAUUUCAUUCGAUAAGGUGUGCGCUGGGUACACUACAGGUACAGUUGAUGCCUGUCAGGGAGACAGUGGGGGACCUUUAAUGUGUCAACAGGAUAACAAGUGGUACUUGGCAGGAUUGACGAGCUUUGGUUUUGACUGCGCCGCCAAAGGAUACCCAGGCGUUUAUGCGAAUAUUGCGACUGUCUACAAUUGGGUGGAAUCCCAGAUACUUCAGAAUUAAUUUAUAAAUAGUUUUUAAUUUCAAAUUUUAAAAUCCUAAAAAUAUUAGUGUCUUACGUAAAAUAAACCCGCGGUGUUAGCCUAAAAUUAAUAUAUCUCUAGUUAAAAUUAUUAUGGUCUUCUUAAAACAACACUGUUAAUCUGUAAUGAAAUAAUGCUGCAAUAAUCUUUAGCUCAUUAAGGCUGGAGUUACACGAGCAACAAAAUUGCUGCAACUUGCAACAAAAUCUGAUUUCAACGCAUGUUAAAUAGAAAUGUCGACACAUGUUGCCUUGUGAUUUGCAAUUUAUGUGUAAACAUUUUCACUUAACAUGCGUUGAAAUCAGAUUUUGUUGCAAGUUGCAGCAAUUUUGUAGAGCUCGUGUAACUCCACCUUAAGAAUACAAUAACCUUUCACUGGCUCCUACCUGAGCGUGUACAAACAUUGUGAUACUUCGUUAUAGGUGCUUUGAAACACAAUAUUAUUGAUUAUAUUUUGAACACAUGCAAUGAGUAAUUCUGUACUCACAAAGGUCGCAUAAAGUUAUCAAGGGCUAGCCAGAUUGCAAUUUGCAAUUAUCAGGAUUUUGAAGUGUUUAGUCGUAUAGGUGGAAAUUUGGACAAAAUUUGUACUCGAAAUUUAGAACUGUUCGGCGGAGCCGGAGCUCCGGCAUAUUUUGCCGGAGCCGGAAUUGGAAAACUCGGGCAAAAACUCCGGCAGACAAAAUUAUAAAAAAUUAUUUCAUAUUUCAAUGAACUUUUGGUAAUGGAAAAAUUAAGUUGAAUGAUUUGAAGUUACUAUAAAGUUUAAUUACUUGCUCCAAUGUCUUUUGGGCGAAAAUACCACGCUGCCAUGCGGUUUUACUUUCUCCAAAACAUUGUUUAAACAAGCACCGCGAAGCACGUAUAUUAUUUGAUAAGUAAAGGAGAAAGCCAUAGGCGUACGGGAAGGAAAGAUUUUUUCCGGAAAAAUUUACCGAAUUGUCCCAUUUAUUUUUAUAAUAACCAAAUAUUGCCCGACUGAGAAGCGAAUAUUGCCCAACUGGCUUUGUUUGCCCAACAAACUGGUGUUAUUAUUCAGCGAGAUUUUCUUGUUUUGACUACUUUUUGCCCGACUUUUGCCCGACUUUUGUUGAACAUUUGCCCGACUUUUCGACUUUGUAAUCUGUUUGGGGGGGCAGCUGCCCCCCUGCCCCCCCCCCGUCCCGUACGCCUAUGGAGAAAGCUCAAAAAGGAAUAAAAUAAAUUCUGAAAUUACACUGAAAUACUUUCGCCUGCUUCUACUUUUAAAUAAGAAAUUUCCUUAAAAUUUCCUUGUCGGAGCAGGAGCCGGAGUUUUGACUGCCGGAGCUAAAAUAACCGGAGUUUGCACAGCUCUAUCGACAUUUUUAUCUACCAAAUCCUUCAACAAUUGGCCCAUCUUUCCUUUACAUAAAAAACCUCAUAAAAGAACAAAGGUAUACUAAUUUACAAUUCAUUUAAUGACAUCAUAUUUUAAUUUAGGAAAAUUAGAACUUAUUGUAUUAUAUAUCAAUAGUUUUUAUAAUCUACUAUAACGACAGCAAUAAACAAAUUAAUUUAAUUACCCCACAAUAUUAUGAAAUAUAUUUAUGACACGUAUCUAUUGCACAGCAACAGUGUUAUACAGUCAAUUACACCCAUAUAUAAAAUACUUUUUCAUAGGAUGUCAAGUCUGUGGCUUGUUAUAUAUACAGGUUGGUCGAAUUGAUAUUCUUUUAUGUAUGAAUAUUGUAUGAAUAUGCCUAUGAAACUCUUUACAAUUACGAUACCAGCCGUUCCUUUCUGUGGGCACAUGCAGGCGUGAACAAAUAAUUUUUAGGUGUUUCUCAUUAAAAAAUCAAUCAUAUUAUAAUUAAUGUUUCUUAUUAGUGUACGUUAAAUUAAAAACAAUGACAUCGAUCCCUCACUACCUGUUUAGCAACACGGGAAAUGUGUUGGUUCUAUUUCUAAUUACUAAUUAUCUCUUAAUUGCAUUACUAAUUGUCAUCAUUAUCAUCAAAUUUAUGAUCAGCAGACUCGAUAAAUCUCUCCCUUCGUUCGGCUUCCAUUCUCAGGUAUUUUGGUCUAAAUAAUACUAUGAAUACCAACGCUAUGACAACAGUUAAAACAGCCAUGAAGUAGGUUGCAUGGGUCAUGUCAUCAUUGCCGGAUUUGCAGCUCAUUUGUUUACCUUUAUUUUUCGUACCGAGGGCACCAGCUACCAGAAUUAUGAGAAUCAUUGUUAUUUGGCUGCAAA